AGCCAGUUGUAGUGGAUCCUAGCCAGCGGCUGUCUCUCCCCCUCUCUGUCUCCUCCUGCUGUCUCCUCCUUCACAGUCACAGGACAACAGCCUUUCAUCCCACAGGAGCAUUUUUAGCCUCCGCCGACAGCAGCUCCGUCCGUGCUCUCUCCGUGGGGGGGGGGGCUCACGGCUCGACACACCGCGGGCUCGGCGUCGUUCACACACGGAGGGAGAUGCCAUCAGAGCCGCUCCGCCUGCAGAGCUCGUCGCGGUGUUUUACUGUGAUUUGUUGAAGCAUCACUGUGGUGGUCCUCUGUUCAUUGACGUUAGCCGGCUGGCUCAAGAGGUGCGAGUGUCAUGACUGGAGCUGAGACUGAGGAUGAUAUCCCGUUAGGAGAAAGGAAGACCGUCACAGAUUUCUGUUACCUUCUGGACAAAUCCAAACAACUCUUCAACGGGCUCAGAGACCUUCCUCAGUAUGGACACAAGCAGUGGCAGUCCUACUUUGGACGGACGUUCGACGUCUACACUAAGCUGUGGAAGUUUCAGCAGCAACACAGGCAGGUUCUGGACACUCGCUACGGACUGAAGAGAUGGCAGAUUGGAGAAGUUGCAUCCAAAAUUGGACAACUUUACUACCACUACUACCUUCGUACCUCAGAAACCAGUUACCUGAACGAGGCCUUUUCCUUCUACUCUGCCAUCCGUCAGCGCUCCUACUACUUUCAGGUCAACAAAGAGGACAGGCCAGAACUGGUAGUGAAGAAGCUUCGAUACUACGCUCGCUACAUCGUCGUCUGUUUACUGCUCAACAAGAUGGACCUCGUUAAAGUUCUGGUGAAGGAGUUAUCGGAGGAGAUUGAAGAUUACACGCAGAGAUUCAACACAGAGGACCAGCUGGAGUGGAACCUGGUUCUGCAGGAGGUGGCAGCUUUUGUGGAGGCAGACCCCGUGGUGGUUCUGAACGACAACAACUCGGUGGUCGUCACCAGUAACCGUCUGCUGGAGGGCAGCGUGCCUCCGCUGGAACAAGGCAUGGUGGUUGGGCAGCUCGUCCUUGCAGAUGCACUAAUCAUCGGCAACUGUAACAACCAGGUGAAGUUCAGCGAGUUAACCAUCGAUAUGUUCCGCAUGCUCCAAGCUCUGGAGAGAGAGCCUGUGAACCUCGCCACGCAGACCUCCAAACAAGGAACGCUGGAGCCCAUUGAGAAACCAGCAAAGAGAGAAAACCCUCACAAGUAUUUGCUCUACAAACCAACGUUCAGUCAGCUUUUUACCUUCCUCUCCGCCUCUUUUAAGGAGUUACCUGCCAACAGCGUCCUGCUCGUCUACCUAUCAGCGACCGGAGUCUUCCCAACAGGUCACACCGACUAUGAAGGUCCAUAUGACUUUGGGGGAGUUCUGACCAACACGAACAGAGACGUGGUGAACGGAGAGACGGUGCAGAAGAGGAAUCAGGCGCAGAAAGAAAUGCACUGCCUUCAUCCAGGAGAUUUGUUCCCUUUCACCCGGAAACCCCUUUUUGUCAUCGUGGAUUCUACAAACAGCACAGCAUACAAGAAUUUCACUAAUCUGUUCGGUCAGCCUCUGGUCUGCCUUCUCUCACCUACCGUCUAUCCAAAGAGUGUGCAAGAUCAGUCUCAGCGGGGGAGUCUGUUCACGCUCUUCCUCUACAGCCCCCUCCUUGCCUUCUCCUCUGUGUGCGGUUUAAACAGCCUGCGGCGAGGACUGUGGGAGCAGGCGCAAGAAUUUCUAAGCAAAGUUUACCAUGACAUCGGCCAGAUGAUAACCCGAUCACGAACCAUAGAUCAAGCCUUUUUACAAUUCUUUGGUGACGAGUUCCUGCGGCUGCUUCUGAUCCGUUUUGUGUUCUGCUCAGCUGCUCUCCGGCUGCACAAAGUCUUCCGGGAAUCUCGGAGUUUCCCGGAGUCGUACCCCGAGCUCCCCAAACAGGACACGGUGGAGAGCAGCGUCCUGCAGAAGCACAUCCUGGAGCUGGCCACCAUGCUGGACGUGCAGAGUCUAUUCUGGGAUGAUUCACUGGAAGCCUACUAACACGUUCCCACAGGGCCGCAUGGCAUCAGUGUACAUACAGACUCAACUGCCAGAGCCCUCACACUCUUUCUGUUUUUUACAGGUAAAGAAUUUCAGCACAUUCACAUCACGCCCUGCAUCUGUUUACUCGUGAAACAUGAAAGAUGUUCCCAUCGAUCAGCCAGAGGGUUUCAGCUCAUGUAUAAAUUCCCCAUAUCGGAGUCUCGGUGGCUUUCCUCGUUAAAUCAGCAUCGUGUCAGAAGAGAAAACAAACAAAAGAGAGGCUGCAGAAAACUUCUCGACUCGGUUGAAGCUGCAGCCUCAGUCAUGUCACGUAAAUGUCAAGAAGUCAGAAGUCUUUUUUUGUGUUUUUUAAAAUAAUAUUUAUCAUUGUUUAUAGAGUGAAGGUUGUGUCGACGCUGUUCAGACCAAAAGAAAAGUGGAUUUCUGGUGCGGCACGGUUGGACAUGAAGUUCUGCUGCGGGACGUGAAUACACAGAAUUCAGGUCAUUUGCAUAUUUGUGCAAGUUGAAUUUUCCAAUCGUAGUAAGAGAGUCUGAUGGUGCAUCAGGAAUGUUCCAUCCAAACUCCAUAAAAAAAAUUAAAAAAAAGAAGCUCUCGGCGUCUUGCAGUCCGUCCUGACAAAUCAUGAAAUCAGACUUUAUUUUUGGGGCUUAUUAUGCCUCCAUUUUUUAGAGAGAAGACAGUGGAUAGAGAGAGGGACAGGGGGAGAGAGAGUAGGGACCAACAUGCAGGAGGAGCCACAGGUCGGAAUCAAACCUGGGCCGCCCACUUUCCAGGACUUCAGCCUCUGGGCAUGGGAUGCACGCACAAACCACUAAGCUACCAGCGCCCCAAAUUCAGACUUUUUCCUUUCAUGAUUUCAGCAUCCUUUCAUCAGACUGGGACCUGGUACUGGUCCUAGCUAACAGGUCAUCAGACUGGGACCUGGUACUGGUCCUAGCUAACAGGUCAUCAAACUGGGACCUGGUACUGGUCCUAGCUAACAGGUCAAACUGGGACCUGGUACUGGUCCAAGCUAACAGGUCAUCAGACUGGGACCUGGUACUGGUCCAAGCUAACAGGUCAUCAGACUGGGACCUGGUACUGGUCCUAGCUAACAGGUCAAACUGGGACCUGGUACUGAUCCUAGCUAACAGGUCAUCAGACUGGGACCUGGUACUGGUCCUAGCUAACAGGUCAAACUGGGACCUGGUACUGGUCCUAGCUAACAGGUCAUCAAACUGGGACCUGGUACUGGUCCUAGCUAACAGGUCAUCAGACUGGGACCUGGUACUGGUCCUAGCUAACAGGUCAAACUGGGACCUGGUACUGAUCCUAGCUAACAGGUCAUCAGACUGGGACCUGGUACUGGUCCUAGCUAACAGGUCAUCAGACUGGGACCUGGUCCGCCUCAAGUAUCUAGUAGCAUCAGGAAAGUUCCUCCAGACCCGGUUCUUUUAGGAGGAGGGUAAAUAAAGGCAGCUGCGUGCCGAUGAUGUCAUGACCUGGAAAUGUGUUUUGUUUUGGUCUGAACAGUCUGAGCGUAAAACGAGAGAGAGAGAGAGAGAGCGGUUUGACUUCUCCUCUCUGUAGGCAGCUUUGAGAUGAGCGUCACUGCAUCAGUAAAUAUUUAAUUAUUAAAGUUCAAUGUUAGCACACGCGGUUGGAGUCUGAACAAUUUCAGCCAAACGAUUCUUACUGUUCUUUGUAUUUUUGCCAAACAGUGCUCGCUGUAUAGCAGCUUAACUUGUAGCAGGCUGAGGUGCAUGAGGUCGUGUUCACUUGUAGAUAUCUCGCUCCUUCACCUCAUUAACCAGCAGGCCAUCUUUUGACCUUUAACCGCCGGCCUUUUGUGCGUAUUUAAAGUGUUUCUUUCUCCACAUCACUGUGCUGUAUCUGCAUGCAAAAAAAAAAAAAGAGAGAGAGACGCAUCACUUUUGUUCUUAUUUGUAGCCAAAACAGCCUCCACCUUUACGGACAUUGAAAGACUUUGAAGAUUUUUUUUCGAUCGAUCAGCGUUUAGGGGAGGAGCCUGUGCAUGUGCUGCAUGGGCCUGUUUGUUUGUUGUCACGGCAACAAACGAGACAGCGAUGUGUUUGAUGACUGAAGGAAAACGCCAACAUGCACCGGUGCUUUUAAACGCUUCAAUGAUUUGCCAAACACCUCUGUUACCUUAACGCUGACGGGACUCUCGUGUUUGAAAGGUCGAACAGAUCAUCGUUAGCUCGCUUACGCAGAAACUAGAGGCAACACAAGUGAUCUUUAACUUCAACUCUGGCUUUCUGGAUCCACUGCCUUAAGCUUUCAGACCCCGAUGUUUUACUUACUGGGUGAAGAUGAGGAGGGAUGAACGCGCAGCAACCACGACGACUAAGUCUAAUUUGACCUUUGACCUUUGGGUUGUGUUUAACUUCGUCUCGAGCGAGAAGUUUCUUGUCUAAAAAGAAAUACAAUAGGUAGCCGGUCGUCCAGAUGAACAAAAUCACAAAGUAUAUCCGCCCUCAGAGGUUAAGUGUUCAGCCAAUCAGGUUCAAGUUUGCUUUGCACGGAUACAUUAUUCAGUCAUGGUGGUUGCUGCUCUUGAGAUAAAACAUGUUGGUAGUUCAUGGCUGAGGAAUAGAGUGGAACACGCGCAGCGUCCUGUGCAAGGCCUUAAACCAGGCAGCCAUUUUCUUUCUCGUCUGUUGGACCCAUGUUGCUCGACCUGAACCAUCUUUACUCCGUCUUGAUCCCUGAAUUCACUUUUAAAACUCCCAGAACACAAAAAAAAAACUCAGCAAGAUGGUCAAACAAGCGUCCGAUUAUCGAACCUUUGAGCUGCUCUUUUAUUUAAAAAAAAAAAAAGAAAAGCAGGAAUAUUAGCGUAGCUAGCACUUGUAGAGAGACGCGCUCUCUCAUCACCUCAUGUAUAUAUUUCAGUUUGAGCUUCGCUUGUUUCCACACCAGCGUGAGGACUGAAAGCAGCACAGACCGACGUAGAAUAAAACCAGCUGACAGUUAACUGCCCCUCCCCUGAAACGUUGAAAUAAAUAAAGCAUCCCUGCAGAGGAAGUCGAGCUGGAAGCGGACGGAGAUGAUCCAUAUCAAACACUAUUUCGUUGGCGUUUGUUCUAUUUAUUGAGUUUGUGUACAGAUGAUGUAAAGCGAUGUUUUGGCACAGGCGUGUUUGUUCAGUAGUUGUGUGUGAUGAAAUAUGAAGUCGGAGCCAAAUGUUCAUUUUGUUCUGUUGCCGUUUUUUCUAAAGACGUUACAUUCCAGCCGUCCGACGACUUGAAGAGAGGGAAACUUGUGUUCUCCAUGUUUCUGUCUGUGUGGGAGAGUGAGCCGUUUCUACGCUCUCCUCUUUUCAGAGAGUAAAAACGCGGCGCUCCCUCGUGUCGACAGAUUCAGAUAUUGUGGGCUUGCACUUUAUGAAGUUUGAUAUUGUUAUGAUCCUGUUUGUCGUGCUUUAGGGGGAGACCAAAAAAAAAAAGAAAAAAGAUGAAUUUCCUCCCUUGUCCUUCUGUGAUUGUUCAGACCAGCCCUUCACACUGGUGACUUCUUUUUCUAACAAAGAGUUAAAGAUGGUGAACGAUGAUUUCCUGUUUUCAUCUGCCGUCACUUUUUUUAACCUCUUCUGUCUGAGAUGUGCGAAACAUGUCGGCUGGUUUCUCUCCUCUGCAGCAAUAACUGAAUUUAAAAACAUCUCACAGCCAGCGGUGCUCUCAACUAUGCUGACUGUGCAAAUCCAAUCAUGAUUUUUUUUUUUUUUUACUGUGCAGAGGAGCAGCGGCAGCGACAAGAACAAAAAAGCGUAAACAUAUUUUGUGCAUUUAUCAGAACAACAGAAGAAGAAGUGAAGAAUUGCAUUCAUUUAAAUGGUCAAAUAUUGCAUGUUGACAAAGUUUGUACGUUGAAUCUCAGACUGUCAUAUUUCUAUGUUUAUAACAUGUUAUUGUACGGUGUGUUUCCCUGACCUCUACUCCAUCAAAGGUCGAUGCAUCAUGGCACAAAAGAAGCGUUAUUGAAUGGAAAAUAACCCAAACAGUGGCGUGACACUGUUCUCUGAUCAUAGUGAUAUCUAUAAGAAUAAACAAGGUCACUUUUA